UGGGCUGGGGCCGGCGGCUCGGCUCGGCCCGGCCCGGCCGGCAGAAUGACGGCCUUUUGCGUGAUGAAACUUCUAUGUCAAGCAACCAGAAAUGAGAAUAGAUAUGCAAAAAGAUUCUUUGGUACUCUUCUGACACAAACACCACAAAAGAGGGUCUUUUCUCCAUUCUGGAUGGUAGUACCUGACCCUAGAAAGUCAACUGUGUUUGGACUUACUCAACCAUUUUGUACAGCUGAAAAAUCUCACACGGAACCAAAACGGAAAGCAGCAUUUGGAAGUGUUGGGCGAAGAAUUCCGUAUCGGAUUUUGCACGUAAUCAACCAGGAUGGAGAGAGCUUAGGAAAUAUGCACCGAGCAGAGGCACUCAAACUUAUGGAUCAACAUGACCUGAAACUAGUUCUCCUUCGUGAGAAUGCAGACCCUCCUGUAUACAGACUAAUGACUGGGCAGCAGAUUCAUGAAGAAAAGCUUAAACGUGCAGAGAAGAAAAAAGCAAGUCCAAAACCAGGGAUGGUUCAGAAGGAGUUAUCCUUUUCUUCUGCUAUUGCCAAGAACGACCUGGAGACCAAGACUAAACAGAUAGCACAGUGGAUUGAAAAGAAAUACCAUGUUAAAGUUACCAUCCGGCAAGCAAAAGAUAGCAAUACAGACAUGUUCAUGCUUUUUGAUCAGAUUUUGGAGACUGUGUCCGAGAAAGCCACUUAUCUUUCCAAGCCAAAAGUUACUAGAGAAGGAGUGAGUACCUGUAUUUUAAGACACAUGUCAGACAAAGAGUUGAAAGCACACCAGAAGAUGGAAAAACAGAAAAAUGGUACAGUAAAGAAAGAUGAAAACGAAGAUCUGAAGUCAAAUGAGUUGCAUCAGUGA